UUGUGCCCACCCUUGCCCUCCUAGGCUACACCUCACCCUCCCUCUCUGAUACACAUGCAUACAUACACAAAGAUACAUAAAUACAUAUAUACAUAUACAUGUGUACUAUACCUACAACAACACACAUCUGCUCCACACUAGUAUAUAGCUACUAGGUAAGUAGCUAGGCCAAUUACCUUUGGUUGCAAGCCAAAAGUAAGUAUCCAUCCUCAUCCUUUUCCUCCUCCCACCAAGAACCUUCAUAGUACCACCACCACCACCACUCAUCACAUCUCACACUCAUUGCCUCUUUCUUCUUCCUCCCCAUCUAGCUCUAGCCCCUCUCUUGUUCAAACACCUUCAUCUGAAUCUCUUGAGCCUGAAUUUUCCCAACACAAGCAAGCACUACAAUUGAGCUAAGCUAUAGCACACACACACACACACAAACCCUGAAUUCCCACUUCCUAAGUUCCUAUAGCUAAGCAUAUAGUAGCCACAAGGAGCUAGCUAAUUCUUAUUAGCUAUAGCUCCAGAUCCCUCACAAUUCUAAAUUUCCAAUCCCAAAAGACCCAAUUAAACAAGAGAUAGUUGCCUCCUAAUCCAUAUAAUAAGCCCUCAAAUUAACUAGUAGCCAUAUACUAUCAAUAGUAACAAGGCAGCACAAGCAGCAUACCAUAAGCAUACAUCGGGUCAAAGCCGAGGUCAAGUCCACCGGCAGGAGGACAAGCCGGCGGCCGGAGCCCAGAGGAGGAGCUGAGGCAUCAUCGAUCGAUCGAUCGGCAUAGUGCACGUACAUGGAGUUCAUCACGCCAAUCGUGAGGCCGGCAUCGGCGGCGGCGGGCGGCGGCGAGGUGCAGGAGAGUGGUGGGAGGAGCUUGGCGGCGGUGGAGAAGGAGCACAUGUUCGACAAGGUGGUGACGCCGAGCGACGUGGGGAAGCUGAACCGGCUGGUGAUCCCGAAGCAGCACGCGGAGAAGUACUUCCCGCUGGACGCGGCGUCCAACGAGAAGGGGCUCCUGCUCAGCUUCGAGGACCGCACGGGGAAGCCAUGGCGGUUCCGCUACUCCUACUGGAACAGCAGCCAGAGCUACGUGAUGACCAAGGGGUGGAGCCGCUUCGUCAAGGAGAAGCGACUCGACGCCGGGGACACCGUCUCCUUCGGCCGCGGCGUCGGCGAGGCCGCGCGCGGGAGGCUCUUCAUCGACUGGCGCCGCCGCCCCGACGUCGUCGCCGCGCUCCAGCCGCCCACGCACCGCUUCGCCCACCACCUCCCUUCCUCCAUCCCCUUCGCUCCCUGGGCGCACCACCACGGACACGGAGCCGCCGCCGCCGCCGCCGCCGCCGCCGGCGCCAGGUUUCUCCUGCCUCCCUCCUCGACUCCCAUCUACGACCACCACCGCCGACACGCCCACGCCGUCGGGUACGACGCGUACGCCGCGGCCACCAGCAGGCAGGUGCUGUUCUACCGGCCGUUGCCGCCGCAGCAGCAGCAUCAUCCCGCGGUGGUGCUGGAGUCGGUGCCGGUGCGCAUGACGGCGGGGCACGCGGAGCCGCCGUCGGCUCCGUCGAAGCGAGUUCGGCUGUUCGGGGUGAACCUCGACUGCGCGAAUUCCGAACAAGACCACGCCGGCGUGGUCGGGAAGACGGCGCCGCCGCCGCUGCCAUCGCCGCCGUCAUCAUCGUCAUCUUCCUCCGGGAAAGCGAGGUGCUCCUUGAACCUUGACUUGUGAAGAGGAGUGUGACCGGAGAAGUAAACAAAGGCGGCGAUGGCGGCGCGCAGCGGCGGCGGUGGCGGCGGAGGUGGAGGCGCUUGGAGCAUCUAGCGCCUUCGUAUUUCGUAUAUAGCUCAUCAUCUCUCUUAAAUUAGUCAGUGCAGUGUGAGGGGGAACAGUUUAAGAAAAAAGAACGAAGCAGCAACGUACCCAAAAAAAAUAUUCUUUCUAGGUUGAUGGUUUUUUCUUGCUUCGAUUUGCUUUGCCUUUUUCUCUUGUGCUUAAUUAUAAUUAAGUUUUCUUAGCUGCUCGAUCUCUUCUUUGUGUCUGGGAGAAAAUAUAUACUACUGGUACUAGUGAUUAGGGGAAGAAGAAGGAGAAGAAAAUAUAAUUGUUUCCAAGAACUCCAGCCCAAUUGUAUAUAUCAUGACUGAGCCUAUGGAAACACCGGUGUGUGAUCCUCACAUAUGAUAACAAUCAAUUUGCACUGAUGGUACGAGUUUAUAUAUGUACACUUGUUAUAUAUACAUACUGGUGAUGAGCUA